AAUAGAAAAACUGAAGCGUUUCGUAUAUAAUAUAUAUGGAAAACAACAAAAAAAUCUUGGAACGUAAAGAAUAAAUACAGCGCGAUUUACAACACAAGAACAACAAAAACAAUAACAAGAACAUCUUUGAGGAACCAUGACAAACAUGGCUGAGGCGCGCAUCAAGCGCGAGUUUAAAGAGGCACUCAGCGGUGAAGAGUUCCGCCAGUGCCUGAUCAAAAUGGAGCUCGUCAAUGAUAGCUGGACAGAGCUGCGCGGCGAGAUAACUGGGCCGCGCGGCACGCCGUAUGAGGGCGGUAAAUUUGUGCUUGAAAUCAAGGUGCCAGAUAAAUAUCCAUUCAGUCCACCAGAAGUUCGCUUUAUGACACGCAUCUGGCAUCCGAACAUCUCAUCGGUGACUGGGGCCAUACGCAUGGACAUCCUGAAGGAUCAUUGGGCCGCAGCCAUGACACUGAGCACUGUUUUGUUAUCGCUACAGGGUAUGCUGACCGCUGCCGAGCCAGACGAUUGGCAGGACUUUGUGGUUGCCUAUCAGUUCAAAAAGCGGCACGAUCUAUUUUUACUAACGGCCAAGCAUUGGACUAGCGCGUAUGCGGGCGGAUCCCGUACGUUUCCCGAUUUGGAUCUGAAGAUUGAGCGUCUCAAGGAUAUGGGCAUCGAUGAGCAUAAGGCGCGCGCGGUGCUCUCUAAAGAGAAUUGGGAUCUGGAGAGGGCUGCCGAUUGUCUAUUUAUUUAGGUGUGCGGAACUGGGGUUCACAAAAUCAACAACAGCACCAAUGCCAACAACAAUAACAACAACAUCAGCAACAUAUUCAAAAUCAACGAGCGAUUAUAAGCAACAACAAUAACAACAACAACAAUAUCAACUACAAUCACAUCAACACCAACACCAACAACAACAGAAACGAAAAUAACAGCCCAAAAUUCUAGUACAGUUUCUUACAGCUGCCGCAGCAGUCAGAUUUUCCAACAUGCAAAGUGUAAUCCAUGGACCUGGUCCAACAAUUUGCAACGCCCAAAUUUGUAUUACGUAGUAUUUUUGUCGGUUUCCAACAUUUCGAAAUUUAUUUACUGUGUAAUUCAAGUUUAGUGCUCGACAUUCGGACCCCUUCUGGCUCGCCCGUUAUUUCGAAUACCCAGGAAUUCACCAGGACUCACGUUCUCAUGUGUCACUGUGCUCUUGGCGAAUUCUUAGGCAUUCGAAAUAAAUAUGGGAGACGGAAUCGGUCGGUUUGUUCUGUUAUUUUUGAGUGCAUUGUACAUUGCAGUUGAUUUAGGUAUACGAGUAUGUUAUGUAACAGAUCCCAGGGUUUGCGCAUACGCAUUUAUUGUUUUGCUAAAUAUCAAUAUUACUUGCACUUUAAUAAUCAUAAAACAAUGAAAUACUAAUAGUAUUUUGCCUGAAU